CAUCUUUGCAAUCACGACUUGGCCAAAACACGAACAAGGACGAGCAUGAUGGAUUCACAACCACUUGUAAGUCUCACUUCCAUAGAUAUCCACGAAUCUGAAGCCAAAGUGUUCGAUGAUCAUGGAGCGUUUAUUUCGCUUCUAUCCGAACACGAUGUGCCUUGUUCCAGAGGGAAAGUGCGUGUAACUCGACAAGGUAAAGAGGGAAAGACUGCGAUUGUCACUUUUCACGAUAUUGGACAAAAUCAUACAUCAGCUUUUUUGGGUUUCUUCAACUUCAACGAGACUCGUCCACUUCUCGAUAAUUUCUGCAUCUACCACAUCGAUGCGCCAGGCCAGGAGGAGGAUAGCGAGGAACUGCCAGAGGAAUAUUCAUACCCAACGAUGGACGAGUUAUCGGACAUGGUAGGAGAAAUUGUGAGUCAUUUCGGCAUCAAACGCUUUAUUGGCUUCGGAGUGGGUGCAGGAGCCAAUAUCCUCAGUCGAUAUGCGCUGUGGAACCAUACGAAAGUUGAAGCACUGGUACUGGUAGAGCUUGUGGCCUCUAAUGGCGGCUGGAUCGAUUGGGGAUAUCAAAAGUUGUGUGUCAAACAGCUACAGAAAAAGGGUCUGACAACUUUUGUGGAAGACUACCUUCUUUGGCACCACUUUGGUAAAAAGACAAAGGAUGAAAAUAUGGAUCUGGUACAUGCCUUUAAACAGAGUCUCCAUUCAGUCCUGUCUCCUCGCAAUCUCUCUCUAUUCAUCAACUCCUACCUCCAUCGCACAGAUCUUCAGAUUCAGCGGCCCAACCCCACUAGCGGCAAAAAAGUGCAGUCAUUGAAGUGUGCAUGUCUACUGAUAACAGGAGCUAACUCUCCCCACCAAGAUGAUGUCAUUGACACCAAUUCAAGGUUGGAUCCCUCAAAUUCCAACUACUUUAAAGUGUCUGACAGUGGUGGUAUGCCUCUGGAGGAACAGCCACAUAAAGUUGCUACGUCACUGAUCUUGUUUCUUCAGGGCCUUGGCUAUUUGACUCGCCUUCAUACAAAUCCCCCCAAAGUCACACCACCAGCUACAAGGGAACCAAGCGUGUGUUGAAGUCAAACUAAGCAGACUGCAUCCAUUGCACAAUUCACCCACACCUCGGUGGUGACACAGUCUUCACAAGCUUCACUAUCUGUCAAAGUAGAAGUAAAACUUCUGAUCACAAGUUGUUAUGAGCACAUGAGAAAAAACAAAUUAAAUUAGUGACAAAUAAUUCAUAUUAAUUGACAGACCAGUAAAGUGUAACCACAAAUCAGAGACUGCUGUUCAAACUUCAAACAGAGAUGUUAGAGUCCUUCUUAUCGGGGUUGCUAAAUUAAUUACAACUUGCUGAAUAAAUAAGUUGUAGCAUUCUUAUGUAAAGAGAUGAGGAUAAAUUAUUAAUAAGCAUGAUAAAGAAUGCAACAGGAUGUAAUGAUUUGUAUUAUUAUGUGGCCAUCUUUAUCAUGGAAUUUUUUUCUAAAAUGUAUUGUGUGUAAAAACUAUUUUUAGUCACCUCAAUAAUUUUGUCACUGUGUUACCCAAACAUCCACUCUUUAUAAUCACACUUGACAUAAAUUAAAUUGUAUUUUGGGACCCAUGCAGCUUUAUGAUACUGAUUGCUUUCAAAAGCAGUUUUCAUUGUUAACCCUUUAACUUCCAGUUAACAUGUAACUUCUCCCAAUAAUGUCCAUACAUCAUCCAGCAAAUAAGUAAUAAUAAUCAUAAUAAUAAUGAUAAUAAUGACUUUAUUGGAUAACACAAUUACUGGUAGAACCAAUAGUUCUUAUUGUGGUCCUCUAAGACUCAAAUUUAUCAGUUACAAUUUGUUAUUUUGAUCAGCACCAAAUUCUUCUGACUAAUUUACAAGGAAAUGUUGAGCAGCUUGAGGGGAGAAUUAACAAUCAGAUGUUGGGAGUUUGAGGGUUAAAGUAAGAGUCAGCUCAACGCCAAAACAACCAUUUACAUUAAAACAAGUUAUGAUAACUAAUUAUUUCCUCCUUUGAUAUCCCAAUUGAUAUUGAGUGAUAUUGAUUUCUUUGAUUAUCAAUUUCAUCAAUUAUGUUAAGUUACACAGUCAGGAAAUAAAUGAUAUCUUCCUUGUUCAGUAUUACCUAAAUUCAGUAAUAGUUUUGUGAAUUAACUAAAGCCACUUGCUCUCAGAUCCCACCAAUCCUGACUAGAUAUUACUAAAUAUGAAGAGUUUCAAAGAGGGAAUCUCAAUCAUUUUUUUCUCAGAACAGCUAUCUAAUUAAAAUGCUAAUUAAACUGAA